AUGGCAGUAAACGGGACUUUAGGACGUUAUGUGAAUUUAGUAACAAAUAGUAUUAACUUAUUUGAUGAAGAAGAUUGUAUAUUACAAAAAUACAGGAUAUACUUUAAUCCAAAUGUCGAGACGAAUAUCAAAAAAGAAAUAUUAAAUAAACAUAAAUCAUUUUUAGGAGAAUAUGUUCUUGAUGGAGAUAUUACAUUGUACAGCAUUGUAAAAUAUGAACCAAAAAAAUUUACCAUAAGCGAAGACUGUGGUUCUAGUGGUUCGUUGGUAAUUAUCAGUAUAAAUCAUAUAUGUGAAGUUGAAGGAAGUGAAAUGGCAACAAUUCUCUUAAAAUUUGUACAUAGUUGCUUAAGACAUGCACCAUUUAUACGGGUUGGAUCGUAUUACUAUGAUUCAGAAGCUACAAUAACUAAUAAAAGACUUGGAGUACAAUAUUGGUCUGGUUAUUCAUUUGGAAUCAGAGAAUGUAAUGAUGAAUUUGCAUUAUGCAUUGAACUAUCAGAUAAAUUUAAGACUGCGGAAACAGUUUUAGAUUUCUUAAAUGUGAGUUGUGGAAAUAACAGAAACAGAUUUCCUUGUUUAAUAAACAAUUUUAAAGCCAUUAUUAUUGGGACUGUAGUUCAAACAUUACACAAUAAUAAAUUGUACAAAAUCCAUGCUGUUGAUGAGAAUUUAAAUAUUUAUUCAACAUUUAUGAAUGAAGAUGGAUCAAAGAUAUCAUAUAAGGACUACUAUAAACAAAAAUGGAACAUAACUAUUCUAAACGAUAAACAGCCAAUGCUGAAAACUUCAGACCGUGAUGGUGGCACAUUAUACCUUGUUCCGGAACUAUGUUCUAUAACUGAAUUCAAUGAUACUAUAGGAAAAAAGCUCCUGGUUAAAGAAUUGAGUCAGUAUACAAAUUAUGGACCAAAUAAAACAAUAAAUAAAUAUAAUCAAUUUCUUAGUAAAUUGCAAUACACACAAAAAUUCUCUGAGGCUUUAAAUUCGUGGCACUUGAGUUUGAGUAGAAAAUUAAUUAGAAUCUCUGGACGUAUACUACCUCCUGUGAAUUUAAAAUGCCGUAAUCACAUUAUCCCUGUUGGUGAUCAAGGAAAUUGGACAGAUCAAUUAAAACUGUUAAAAAUGUUAAAAACCCCAUAUGUUGAGAACUGGGUUGUCUUAGCUCCUUCGAAGUAUUUUUCAAUAGUAAAACAAUUUGUCUAUAAUCUAAUGCUUAUAGCGAAGACAAUGGCAUUUACACUACCAGAACCAGAAAUAGUACAAAUUAAUGAUGAAUCUCAAAUAUUGUACAUGAAUCAUUUGGACGAGAUUGUUAAUAGAAAUAUUAAUUUUAUUUUAUUUGUGAUCAAGUCUCGGAAUAGUGAUAUUUAUAAUGGAAUAAAUAGAAAGUUAUGUUUAGAAGCAUCAGUACCAUUUCAUUUACUGUCUUUGAAACAAGUUUCAAACAAUGACUUAUCAACGUAUGCCAAAACUGCCAUACGAAUAAAUUGUAAGUUAGGUGGAGUGCCCUGGUCAGUAGCGGAUAUCGCUGAUGAGAAUAUUAUGGUAGUUGGAUUGGAUAUGUACCGAGAUUCACUUAACAAACAUAAAUAUUUUUGUGCAGUAGUGGUUUCAAUAAAUAGUUGUAAUAUGAGAUACUCCAGUUAUGUUAAACUACUAUGUAAAAAAGACAUAUCAGAAUUUUAUGUUUCGUGUAUUGUUGAUGCUUUAAGUAAGUAUAAAGACUUAAAUCGAAAAUUGCCUAGAGGAGUACUAAUAUAUAGAGAUGGUUUAAAAUAUGAAGAUGAAUCAUUUAAAAAAACUUGUAUGUCUGAGAUUAAUUUAAUGCUGGCAAAAUGUUUGGAAUUCUAUCGUGGAUGUAUGGUUCCCUUUGCAUAUAUAUUAGUAAGAAAAUCAAAUGAAACUAAAUUUUUCAUUCAUAAUGAUUCAUUAAAUUAUAAAAAUCCACUACCUGGAACAAUUGUUGAUUCUGAUAUCACUAACCCAAAUAUAUUGGACUUCUUCUUGAUUUCACACACAGUCAAGUCUGGAUCAGUGUCUCCAACUUACUAUUGUAUACUGUUUAAUUCUAUUCCUCAGUUUUUGAUAGACGAACUACACAUGAUCACUUACUUCUUAACUCACGUGUACUACAAAAGUUCGCAUACCAUACGAGUUCCUGCACCGUGUCAAUUAGCAUAUGAUUUAGCAUAUUUUAGUGCAAAUACACUUAAGAGUACGGAAAAAAUAUUGUUACACAGCUAUCCAUUUUUUUUUUAAAUUAUUAUUU